UGGGCUGUGUCAAAAUUAACGAACAAACUGUGGAAGGUGGAAGAAGAUCGGCUAAAUCUAGGGUUAGAGAAUGGAACAUUUCUUCAAUCUAGGCCGCCAAAUUCUUCAGCAAUCUGGGUCUUUUGUGAGAGGAGUUUGGACAGGAUUCAACAUUAUGGCUUCCAAUAACAAGAAUUUGAAGCUAAAUAGGAAAAUCGGCACCCAUAACGGCGUGUUUCACUGCGAUGAAGCAUUGGCAUGCUUUAUGUUGAGGCUCCUUCCCGAGUAUUCAGAUGCUGAGAUUGUUAGAACGAGAGAUAUGAAGCUUCUGGACCAGUGUGAUAUUGUGGUUGAUGUGGGUUCCAUUUAUGAUCCAAAACUGAACAGAUUUGACCAUCACCAAAGAACUUUUACCGAAACUCUAAACUCGGUACGUCCAGAUCUGGUUAAAAACAAGUUCAACAGCAUAAGGUUAAGCUCAGCAGGCCUGAUUUAUGCUCAUUUCGGUUUGGAAGUUUUAUUGGAAAUUAUCAAAAAAUCCAACAAAACCGUCAGCAGUGAAUGUUUAAGUAUAUUGUUUGUUCAUUUAUAUGAAGGGUUUAUAGAGGAAUUGGAUGCGAUAGACAAUGGAAUCCCAAUGUAUCCGGAAGGAAUGCCAAAGUAUAAAAUAAACACCCAUUUAGGCGCAAGAGUUCAUAGGUUAAAUCCUGCUUGGAAUGAUACCAGUCCGAAGAAUAUCGACGUUUUAUUUGGAAAAGCUAUGGAAUUAGUCGGAGGCGAAUUUACAGAAAGGGUUUUAGAAACUGUUAACGUUUGGUGGCCCGCUCGUGAAAUCGUAGAGAGAUCAAUUAGGAAUAGGAAACAAGAACACGAAUCUGGUGAAAUAAUUGUGUUUAAUGAUAGAUGUUCCUGGAAAGAGCAUCUCUAUAGCUUGGAAGAAGAAAUGAAUAUUGUAGGCCAAAUAAAGUUCUGCAUCUUUCAUGAUCAGAGAGAUGAUUGGAGAGUGCAGGGCAUUCCAGUUCAACCCGACAGUUUUAUUUGCCGUGUGUUUCUCCACAAAGACUGGAGAGGUUUGCGCGAUGAAGAUCUCAGUAAAAUAUCUAACAUCAAAGAAUGUAUGUUUUGUCACUCUUCGGGUUUCAUCGGGGGUAAUAAGACGAAAGAAGGAGCAAUGCAGAUGGCUGUAACCAGCUUAAAGGCCGCUCAAGUGGACAAAGACUAAUGUGAAGCGUAAGUUAACAGUACAAAUAUUAAUUUUGAUUUGCUGACUACAAUAAAUAUUUUUUAAAUGUU